ACUGUUGUCCCCUUCGGGGUGACAUACGAAAAAAUUGGAACGAUACAGAGAAGAUUAGCAUGGCCCCUGCACAAGGAUGACACGCUUUCCCAGAGUGGUAGACCUACGGGUCUCAAUAUUUAUUUUUGCCCAUCUCUUGUUCCAUUUUGUCUGUGU